UUAAUUUAGUUAUCCUUAUACUAUGAAGUUUUUUUAUGCAAAGUUAGGGCAUACCCAGCUCCUGACUGAUUUGGGGAUCUCAUUUUGCUUUGCCUAUUCAAUGAAAUUUGUAGAAUGGCUCCAAGAAAGAUGUCAGAAACAAACACUACCAUUAAUGGACAGAACUUGUCUUGGAGUAGUAAUAUGGAUGAACAUUUGAUUGAUUGUUUUCUUUAUGAGCAUAACCAUGGAGGCAAAGUGAAUGGGACAUUUACUACUAAUGCUUAUGACAAUAUUGUGAAAGAAAUGGUUGCUUUAUUUGGGAACAAAAUUGACAAGGAGAAAGUUAAAAAUCAUUGGAAGACAUUGAAAAAAAACUUCUUAGAAGUUUUUGACAUCUUCAAGAAUGGCAUGAGUGGCUUUGCUUGGAAUUCAAAUACUUAUUAAGGGGAUGCAGAACCCUAAGCAUGGGAUAAUUUGAUUGAGGUUAAACCAAAAGCAGCACAUUGGAGAGAUACACCUCUCCCUAAUUAUCAAAAGAUGGUUACACUUUAUGGAUGUGAUAGAGCUUCUAGAAAAGGAUCCUUAACUACCUCUGACAUGAGGAAAUGGUCACAUACAUCAAUCCAACCAGAGAUAAGGGCAGAAACUAUUGAUAAGUUUGACAACAUUUUAUCUGAAAAUGAUGUCACUUUGGAGAACUUCCUCAUUGAGGAUCAUUCCCCUGAAGUAAACAGUGCAAAUAACAAUAAGAGCAAACAAGGAUUAACACUCAAAGAGAAAGAACUUGAACAUUUUGCUAGAAUUGAAGGAGCCAUGCUUGAGGUUGCAAAUGCAAUUAAAGAAGGAAAUGCUAUCAUUAAAGAGAAAUAUUUCCUACCAAUUUCAGGAGAAAAAGCUUUGAAGAUGAUUGAAGAAAGUGGGUGUGACAUUAACAAGAUUUCUGAUAUAUAUUGCUUCCUCAUGAAUGAUCUUACCAAGCUUAGAGUUGUUAUUGUUUGCCCACUAAGAGCACGCAAGCAAAUCAUUAUGAAGAUGUUCUUUGGUUUUUAGAUUAGCAUGGGGUUUCAUGUUUAAAUUAUUAUUUUGUUGAUAUAUUGUUGCAUGAUCCAUGAUUUAGU